AUGUCAUUACAUAAAGUGGCGUUACUAUCCCAUCACAUCGUUAAUUGUGGGCAAUUGUCUUGUUUACUGAUAUUGGAUACAGCAGUGGGCUUUGGAAACGAGUCUUGCUAGCCUUCGCCCGGACGCCACAUCUAGCGAUAUUAAUGUUUCAGUAUUGAAAUGGCAUGUGUCACAUAAUCAUAUCGCUGUAGUUCUAAGCAUUCACGCCUAUUUAAAGCAUCAUUAUGGUAGUUAGAAAUACGCGUGUUUUUACAGAAUAAUUUUACUUCUCUUUCCUUCCAAAGAUCAGUGUAUAUUGACGGAUUUACUAUUGAUGUUCACGCAAAUGAAAAGCAGACUGAAUGUACACAUUUUAUUUAAAUCAGACACCAUUUUCUGACUUUCCUUCAUAGACAAGUUAUGGCUGUAUAAAUUGGUGAAUGAUGAUAAACGUUGGUAGUUUUCUCUACAGUGGAUAAACAGCGACAUGAUAUACCACUCUAUAAGAACAGACCAUCAAAGUUAAACAGUUAUUUUUUUUUUAUUUCGAUGGCUUUUAACGAUAAAUCAUUUGAAUAAAGUAAACAGUAAGACAAUUUACUUUGAUAAUACGGAAUGGACUUGUUCAAACUGAUAUAUGAUACAUUGAUAAACUGAGAUACAAGCUACGGUCUAAAUUUCUUUACAAUGCUAAAUGUGAAACUGGAUAAUUAUAUAAUGUGUUGAAUUAAAAUGUGCAUAAGUGAGAACACGGAAAGCUAAGUAUGAAAGUGAGCAUUUCAUUGAAUCUCCCAGUAUAAUUAUGUCAUAAUGAUGAAUUUCCUCGAAAGGUAUGAAUCGGACUUAAAGUUAUCAUUCUGAUAUUAGCGCAUUCGAAUUAUCGGAUCGUUAACGACCGCAAAAUGGUUAAACACGCAUAGCGCAGUUAUACAACAUUUCCAGCCUACAAAAAUAACAAACAAGUUCGAGUGAGAUAGAGCACUAUGAGUGAUUCAGGAAAUACCACCUCCCAGACGACAGUGGCGUUGACGACGACAAAAGACAUCCCCACGGCAAAUAGAGUAAUAGAAGGAAUUGUUCUAAGUGUAUUGAUCAUUGUGAGUGUGACUGGGAACCUGUCCCUCUGGAUUGUGGUCCUUCGAUCCCGGGCGCUAAGGACAUUGACCAGCAUGUUUAUUCUUGGUUUGUCCACUGCAGAUUUACUGGUUGCGACAGUGAACAUGCCCUUGACCGUGUACACCCUGGUGAUGGGAGAAUGGAAACUUGGAUAUAACGCAUGCGUUUUGGCAGGGUUUAUCAACAUGAUGACCUUAGUUACAAGCGUCUUGUCGUUAUGCAACAUUUCUCUAAAUAGAUAUGUCAUGGUCUGCCACCCAUCGAAGUUCAAGGACAUUUAUACAGUUCGAAAUGCUGUACUCAUGAUAAUAGGUGUGUUCACCCUGUCUACAAUUUUGUCAACACCGCCAUUGAUUGGCUGGUCAGAGUAUGUGUACACGCCCUCUCACUCGUUCUGUUUCGCUGAUUGGGUGAACCACAUGUCAUACGCCUUCUUUAUGAUUGGUUGCUGCUUCGGGAUACCGUUCAGUGUAAUGACCGUGUGUAAUAUAUGCAUAGUUCGUACAGUUCGAAAUAGUCGUCUAAGAGUGAAGACCAAUUCACAAAAUGUUAACUCUACGGAGAUAAAUGAUUCUUAUUUCCGAAGUUCCCGACAAACUUCCAUUAGAAGCGAUGUCAGUUCUGUACACGAAGAAAGACAGCCAGCUGGCUUCGAUAGCUCUUCAUGCAAACUUUCUGAAAUCCAACAUUUGAAGUCAAAACAUCUAACUUAUGAAAGCAUCGAAAAAGAUAUAUCAAUCAUUGAAAUUAAUGAUGAAAUACACCAAAGAAAAAUUGGAAAACAAACCCAUGAAACUGAAAUAUUCGAUAACUUUAUAAAUGACACAAAUCAAUACAUGACUCAGGAAUCAAGCGAACCAAUGAACGAUGGUGAAUGGAUGGAUGUAAUGGAAAAUUCAUUUGAUAAAACGAUAGAAACAGACGACAAACCAUUCAAAACCAUACCAGACAAAAUAUCUACGGAGUCAAUGUUUGAAGCAAAACCACCAGGAUGCAACAGCAAUGACGCAGUGGACAAAAGUAACACUUCUAAAACUAAAAGUCGAAACGAUCAAAAUACAGGUUCGUCAGUAAAAGACCGUUCCUUGUUGCAUCCAUUUUGGAAAUCAACAGUGGAACAAUUUCUUCCACAUCCUCGUCCUCGGUCAAUAUCACCUGAACCUUCAUCCGAUACGUCCAUCAAAAAAAGAACCUCCAGUUCCUUAUCUGUCAAUCCGCCAAGACCCGUUUCAAUGAGCCAAACACCACCGUUACGUAGAAGAGAGGAACUGCGGCUAGCAUUAUCACUAACAGUUGUUGUAGUUGUGUUUGUCAUAUGUUGGUUGCCUUAUUGUAUAUCCAUGAUAUUGUCUAUAUUUGCAAGUGGUAAUAUUCCAAGAGAGUUUCACAUGUUCACCUUGUUGAUAGGUUAUGCUAAUGGGGGAUGUAAUCCCAUUAUUUACGGCGUAAUGAACAAGCGUUUUAAGAUCGGCUUUAAACGUCUGUUUUGUUUCUGGCGUAAAUCAUACGACUCUUCUGUAAGUAGUGCAUAGACCCUAACCCAAGUAGUUUAUAAUCAUACAGUGAAAACUAGAGGGUCAGUAGUCAAAACAUUCAAAAAUAAAGUUAUAUUUUUGAGUCAAUUACAGUUUUUAAAGUACUGCUUGAAAAUGCCACCAGACUGAAGUAACGUAUUAUAAUUAAUUUAUAUAUGAAAUAAAACCGAAAUCUAUUUAAGCUGAGAUUUUCAGUUAUUCACACGCGUUAUUAUAGUAAUCAUUAUAUCAACUCAACAUCGUUUUUAUUACUAAUUCAGGUUACAAGAUAUGCAACAACAUAUAUAGAAUAUAUAUAAAACGCAUGCUUAUUAUUGGUAAUCGGGUACAGGACUAAUGGACAUACGUGUUAAAUAGUAGGUAAAAUAAUAACCAUCUAUACAUGUACGUGUAUAAAAGCUUAGCAGGGCCUCUGUUGUUUUAUGUCGUCUAUGAAAUAAAGCAGUAUCAUAGGCUAUCAACUAUGUUAUUCGGACAGCGAGUAUAAAACACCAGAUGCUCUGUUUGGCUAUGUGAUUUUUUCGUGAAAACAUACAAGUACAAUGUUAUACAUUGUGAUAGUGUUAUUCAGGUAGUUAUUUGCAUGUCACACAGGUAAAGGUAAUUAUAUAUUAGGUAAUAAUAAUUCCUGCCACUACAUACAGGAUUAGAUAUAUACUAUUCUAGAUAGUUGGGUAUAGAUUGAGUUAUGAAUAGGGUUGCAUUGAUAAAUGAUAAACGGUGGAUGAGUUAACAAGCACACCACCAGUGGAUAUGGUAUUUGAUCCACGUUUUCUGCGCUGGUUUAGUGCGAAUACAUGAAUGGGAAUAUUUUAAUUAAUGAACAAUUGUUUGGGUUGUGAAUUUGACAAUCGGCGACUGGGGAAGCUAUGGAUAAAUCUGUAGGGUAAGUCUUUUUUCUAUUUACUUUCAAUUAAUUGUUGUGUUAUUUUUUAUUAUUAUUUUAGAUGUUAGGAUGUGAUGAGAGUUUUUGUUUAAAUUCGAUUACAUGAUGUAAGUAUUGUACGAAUAACCAACAUACAUUUUCGAAAGUGACUGUACUUGUCAUUGAUUGCUUAUAUUUCACAAUAUUAGGGCGGUAAAUGGUGAGAUGUAUUUAAUUCUUUGGUUUUUGCAUUUCUUACAGACUAGUAGUGUGUGAAAUUCAUCACCAAUGUCUAAUGAGCAGAAAUCAUACUUUCUUCCGUUAUUAUAUAUAUAAUUAUAACAAUAUUUUCAAACCCCCAAAUUUCUGAACAAUAUGUAACUGUUUGUAGAAAAGUGCUGUCAAAAGUUUAAAUUGAUAGUCUUUUAGGAAUAUCAAGGUUAUGUAUUCUUAAUAAUAGUAAGUGCAUUGCCUUGUUUGCUUGGUUAGCUAUAUGUCAAGUUCCAAAAUAUUUAUAGCUUUUAAUAAUUUUAAUAUUAUCAUCUAAAACGGAAGUUAAUUAUUUUUCUGGCACCAAAAAUCAUUAGAUCAUUUAUGAAAAGGCUUAACAGCACUGGGCUUAUAUAUAUAAGAUGUUUUGAAGUAUUCGUGGUUUAGUGGUUGAAGUGAUGAAUAGUCUGGAGGGGGUCUUGACUUUCGGACCCCACUAAAACCACAAUAUUUUUAUACUAUAUUUGUAUAUGUUCUUCAAUUUCGAUAUCAUACAGUAAAGUAAUGAUGAAAUAAGUGUUUUCAGAUGCAUUAUAUGCAUUAGAUGCAUUCCGGGACAAGUAUUUAAACCAAACUUAGUUAGAAAAAAAUGCUCAGAUUGUAUAACAAAUAAUUUUCUAUUAGCGCUAUCAAAAGCUUAGAAAGUAAAAACAACAACAACAACAAUACAUUACAACCACUUUUAAUAGUGUCUGCCUAUCAGAAGUUCCGAAGAUCAUUUUAUAUAAUCAGGGUUAAACAUACUUAGAAAUAAGACUCCGUUUUGGGCUUUCCACAGUGCAAAAGCUGGUUUGGAGGACAACACAUAAAGUGUUUAAAUGGUAAACACUCAGUAAAUAUGGAAAUGAGUGAUAAUUGUAUUUUGCUUUUGCGAAAUAAAAACUGUAUUUGGUUCUAACGUGAAGUA